AUGCAAUAAGAUUAUUUCGAUGAUUAUUCGAAUGAGCCAAAAAUAAAAGUUUGUAUAAGAAAAAGACCUUUAAAUAAUAAAGAAAAAAAUAUAAACGAAACUGAUAUUGUUGAAGUUAGAACAAAUUAAUGUGUAGUCGUAAAAGAAACAAAAUAAAAAGUUGAUUUAACAAAAUUUACAGAAGAACAUUUUUUUAAUUUUGAUUAUGUAUUUGGAGAAUCUUGUUCAAACGAAUAGAUAUAUUAAACUGUAGUUUAACCAAUUGUUAUUGCGGCAUUUUAAAAAGCAAAAGUUACUUGUUUUGCUUAUGGAUAAACAGGAAGUGGAAAAACACAUACUAUGUUAGGAAAUGCAUAAAACAGGGUACCAGGAAUGUAUGUAUUAGCAGGAUAUGAUAUAUUUUAAGCAUUAAAAAGGCCUGAAUAUAUUAAUUUAUAAAUAAUUGUUUCUUUCUACGAAAUUUAUUGUGGAAAAGUAUUCGAUUUAUUAAAUGAAAGAUAACUUUUGCAUAUAAGAGAAGAUGGAAAAUAAAAUAUAAAUAUUGUAGGGGCAGUCGAAUAGAAAAUUUUAACAAUUGAAUAAUUAUUUAAAGUGAUAGAAUAUGGAAUGUCUUCAAGAGUUACAUCUUAAAAUAGUGCAAAUAAUGAUAGUUCAAGAUCACAUGCGAUACUUUAAAUUUAAUUAAAAGAAUAAAAUAGUAAUUCUUAUGGAAAAAUUUCAUUUAUUGAUUUGGCAGGGAGCGAAAGAGGUGCAGAUGUUAUAGAUUAAAAUAAAUAAACAAGAAAAGAUGGUGCUGAAAUUAAUAAAUCAUUAUUAGCUUUAAAAGAAUGUAUAAGAGCAUUAGAUUAAGGGAAAAAUUAUACUCCUUUUAGAGGAAGCAAAUUAACUUUAGUAAAAUAAAAAUAUAUUAUUGAUAUAUUAAAUUUAUUUAAUGGAAAAAAGGUGUUAAAAGAUUCGUUUACAGGUAAUUGUAGAACUGUUAUGAUUGGAAAUAUUUCGCCAAGUUAAAGUAGUAGUGAACAUACACUAAAUACUUUAAGAUAUUCAGAUAGAGUAAAAGAAUUAAAAAAAUAAAAUAAUACAAAUGAAUUAAAUGAAUAAAUAAAUGGGCUAGACUUAUUAGCUAAAUAACUUAUGCUUCCAAGAUAAAAUAGUAUUUAAAUCAUAUAAUAUUAAAUAUUUAUUAGUUUUUAAUAUAAAAAAAAUAAAAAGAAAAUGUAAUAAUAAAUUAACUAAUAAUAAAUUAUAUAAUAGUAAUAAUAAUAAUAUUAAUAGUAGAUAUUAAAUGUAUAGCCAUAUUUAAUAAAUUAAUAAAAAAAUAAUAAUAAUAACAAUAACAACUUUAAUAUAUUUUAACAAUAAUAAUAAUAACAAUAGCAAUAUUUUAAUUAAUAAUAAAUUUAAUAAUAAUCUUAUUAUAAUAAUGAUUAUUAUUAAUAAUAAUAGUAAUUGCAAAUAUAAAAAUAUUAAUUAUAAAAUAUAAAUAAUAAUUUUAAUAUAAGCAAUAAUAUAAAUAAUAAUAAUUAACAAAAUAUAAACUUAGAAAACUUAAACCCAAUAACUGCAGAAAUAAAAGACAUUGAAAAUUGGACAGCUAAAAAUGAAGAAGAUCUUUAAAUAAUUUCGUAAAAACACGAAUUACUUAUAAACUAUAUACUUGCUGAAGAAGAAGAUGUUAUAUCUUAUCAUCGAUCACAUAUUGAUGAAAUGGUAGAAUUGACAAAAUAAUUAAAUAAAUAAAAUUAAACUAUUUAAUAUUUAUAUAUAUGUUAUAUUUAUCUUAGUAUAUAAUAAAUAUCUAUAUUUAUAUAUUUAUUUUUUAAAUAUAAUUUAUAUAUAUAUAUAUAUAUAUUAUUAUUUUUUUGGAGGUUUUUUUAUUAUCAUUAUUAUAAAAAUUAAUCUUAAUUUAUUAUAUUUUUCUUUUGUUAAUAAUUUAGAGAAAAAAAAAAAAAAAUUUAAAUAAAAUAUUUAAAAAUGAGUAUAUAGGGAGGAUAUAUUAAAAAUACACCACAAAAAAAUGAAAAUUCAUAUUUAGUUAUAAUUCCUUCAAAUUGUUAUUUAAUAAAUAAAAUAAGAAUGGAUAAUUAAUAAAAUGAAAGUUUUUACAAUUUAGAUGGAUAUUAAUUUGAAUAAGCAAUUAUUCUAGGAACAUUUACUCUUAUAGAUAAUAAUGAAUAAGAAAUAAUAUAAGGUAAAAUAACAGACUGUACCGGAUAAAUAAUUGUAUUUUGUGAUAAAUAGAAAGAUGGAUAAUUACCUUAAUUUAUAAUUGAUUUUUUGAAGUAUUUAAUAUUUAUUAUAUACUUUUAUUAAUUUUAAAAUAUAAAAAAAACCCAUGGUUAAAUAAAAUUAUAGUUGAUUAUAAGGCUGAUUUAUAAACUUAGAUUAUUUAAUUUUUUAAGGAUAAAAUUUUGUAAAAUCUUAUUAAUAGAGGAGAUGUUUUUGAAAUAACUGGUAGUAAUACGUUAUUCUUAAAUGAUUGAAUUGAAUAGCAUUGUUAUAAACUUAUUUUUUUUUUUUUUUUUUUUUUUUUUAAUGUUUGUAUAUGUGUUAUAAAAUUUAAUUUUAGUUAUUAUAUAAGAAAUAAAUAUAAUGAAUAGAAUAAUAUUUUUAUAUAAAUAUAAAAAUACAUAAAAAAAUAAAAAACUUAAACAAAACAAAAAAAUAUUGAAUAUAACAAAAAAUAAAUAAAAAAAAUGA